AUGGCUUGCAAUUCGUUGUUGACAGUGCUGAGCAGAGCUCAGAGCCUAAUGAACGGCCCCAACGGCAACUUCUUAGACCUCUCAGUCAUGUUCCUUCUCCCCCUCGCUUUCUUCUUGUCCACCGUCGUCUACCCAGCGCUCCUUGAUUUCUACACCAACCCAUUUCUCACAACUCCUGUUUCUUCUUCUGAGCUUCAGCAAAGCCAGCCUGCCGUCCCCGACAUGACCCUUUUUACUUUCGUCGCCUUUCUAAUUUAUGUCUCUGUCUCUUCUCUGUUGGCCGUCGGGUCCAUUAUUCACAGCGCCUCCCACAGUUUUCACGACCGACCGGUGAGGCUGACCUCGGCCAUUAAAUCGGGACUGGCUUCCUUCUUUCCUAUGCUGGGUACCCUUGUGGUCUCCCAGGUGGUGGAUUUGUUGAUUUUGAAGGCGUUUGGGCAGUUUGUGUCUAUGAUUGGGCCAUUUCAUUUCAUUUUCAUGGCGUUCUCUGUGGUGAGUACGAUUGCUCUGUUGCUGUACCUCCAAGUGAUGUGGAGCCUUGCCUUUGCGGUGGUUGUGGUGGAACCCAGUUGGGGUUUCGGUGCCCUGCUACGAAGCUGGCGUUUGGUUAAGGGGAUGAGAGUGAGAGGGGUUGUCUUCUCUAUGAUGUUGCUGCAUGGGGUUUUCAGUGCAAUGUUAGGUUUUCUUAGCUGGGUUUUGGAAAUGGGGUCGGAGGCGGCUGUUUGUGGAUGGAAGAGUUGGGCAAUUGCUGUGCUUCUUGGCCUGACCACGAUUCUGCAGAUGAUGGUGCUGCUCUGCUAUGGAGUGGCAAUCACCAUCUUGUAUUGCAAGGCAGCUAAUGGUGAGGAGGAGGAGGUGGUGGUGGUUUCUGAUCCAAUGGAGUAUGUAAUAUUGGCUUUGGAGGAUGAUUAG